AUUAAGACCACUCUAUACGCCCUCGGUUGAAUUGAGAUUAAAAAAACAUCCUUUCAGAUAAAAGUUUUCGGCUGUGUGUGUGGAAGUGUCACAAGAAUAGUAGAAAUACCGUGAGCUAUUUUAAGAUUUUACCACCGUAUAUUCGUUUUAGACUAUGAAAUUGCCAUCACUCCAUCCACGAGUUCGAAUCUGAUCACUUCAAAAGGUAAGCAAGGCGCAUUACGAUGUAUAACUACAACUACUUAUUUUAUGGGAUUUUUAAAGUCAAGUUAUUAAAUAAGGGUAUUUAAAUAUAUAUGUCGCCCCUUUAGAUAACUUUACAAUAUUUCAUUUUUUUUUAAAAACUCAGCAUCCAUUUUGUUUGUCAAUGUUGCUAGUAUUUUAAUGUUCAAAUAGAUUUUAACCACCGAAUAGAAUGGGCCGACUUUACGCAUAUGUUGGGUUUUCUUCAUCUGCAAGUUUGGCGAUUUAAGCCAGCGUCGCCAACUUAAUCUUAAAAUAAAAUUCCCGAGGGGAUCUUGUCCGCCCCGCUCUCAUUGCACAUUGCAAUGCGCUCUUAUUCGCUGCUUCCCUCGUGUAGUGCUUGAUCACGUACUCACCAAAUGCACACAAAAGAACACAUGUCUACGACACUGAGUUUCAAAAACAUGGUCUACCACAGUGUCUUCUCAUAUUAAUACUUGAACAUGAUGAUAAACCCGAACUGUGAAAAUUACUGAUAAAUAGUUUGUGCUGAAAUAUUAGAUAAGGACCCAUCCUAGACUUUGUGACAUUGUAAAAAGUAACCUGGUACGUGGUCCAUUUGGGCUAAAGAUCCCUCAGAGUCCGUGAGUCUGGUAUUAUUAUAGAUUAUGCAGCUCUUCCCGUACUUUAAGCUCACAACGACGUGGACGUGUUACCCCAUCUAGUAGUAAAAUUAUAUCGACGGACGUAUUUUUAAAUCUUGAAAUUUUUUGUGGACACAUUGGUCUUUUUUUUUAAAUCAAACUUCUUAAUAACCAUGGAGCUAGAAUAGAACCAUUGAAUACCACAUUAGUGUCACGAUCUGUCACUGAUUGGUUCAGUCCAUCAAAUUGUUUAACUCAACUACUACACAAGCACCACCGCGCACAAUAAAACACAAGAUUCGGUGCGCAACAAUUUCUAGUGAGUGCACAUGCUGGGCAGUAAGUAUACAAAUCAAUGCCAUAUGACGCAAAAUCUUUAAUAGUUAAUUGCAAGGCACUUGUAUCAGUGCUUGUUUGUUACAUAAUAUAUUCAUAAAAUUUAAAGAAAAUAAUAAAAAAUCCAAUGAUGAGAAUUGAAAAAGAAAAAAAAAAAGGGGGGGGGGUGGUCUUUUUAAAAAAAAAUGCUUUUAAUGCCUUAAUUAAAUUUAAAAUUGUUAUUUGCUAAAUCGGGUUCUCGUUUUCUGUUUGUUUUUUGUUUUUUUUUUCUUUGUUUUUUUUUUUUCAAACAGAGUUUCACCUAAGAGAUGUUUGUCUAUUAUUUGACAGAAUUACUUUUACAGUAAGCCGAAUACGCAUAUUGAGUGAACCUAGGUCAUCAUUACAGGUUUUCUGUUUAAAUUCCAGAAGGCUUGAAGUUUGAAGCAUACGGUUCUUGCUGGGUGUAAUUCCAGCGUUCGUUUCCCUAGAGUUAUUGUCAAUGUGACAUAAUUAGUUGCCUACUGUUGUAACCGACAGAGUUUUUAAAAGGAUCGUGUACCGGGAAUUAACAGAGCCAAUUAAAAAUUAUUUUAUGACUUACAAUUAUUUUCCAGAUGUUGCAACUGGCCAUUUUCGCUUUCUCCUUGAACUUGGCGUCUGCAAGCACCGAGGCUGAAUGGGUGGUUUUCAAAGCAAGAUACAACAAAACCUACACAGGAGAUGAUGACGUCAUCAGGCGCUUUAUUUGGCAGUCCAACCUGAGGACUAUCGAAGAGCACAAUGAAUUAUACGCGAAAGGAUUGAAGAGUUACUAUCUCGGGGAGAACAAGUAUGCAGACUUGGUGAGUUGGCCCUUUUGAAAUCAAAUUUUCCCUAAAUACAACAUGAUAUUAAACAGUGAGAUGUAGGUAAAACAAUGACAAAAUUAAGCCAGACACGAGACCAUGAUUCAUGGCUUAAAAUGUGUCCCGGGCUUGAUAGUAAUUAGGGUUUCUCUCCCGGGAUCUCGCACGAUUUUCAGUAAACAACAGACUUUCCGGGAAAUAUUCCGAUCUCGGAAAAUCCCGGGUACACACUUUUAGAAUACAGAUCCCCCCCCCCCACACACACACACAAAUUAAAGCUAUACGCCAGUACUUGUAAACUAUAGUUAGCUGCGCUGGGACAUUAAGUCCAGUAGCUCUAGUACACAGGUUCUCAAGCGUUUCAAGUCACGACCACGGACAUAUUAAGAAGUAACGUUACAGUCAUUACGAUAUGGCGAAAUUGUUUUUUAAAUAGGGCCAACUUUUUGACAGGACAACACAUUCAAACUCAAGUUGUCAGUUUGGGGUACGAUCAUGAAGGAAAACACAUUCAAACUCAAGUUGUCAGUUUGGGGUACGAUCACGAAGGAAAACACAUUCAAACUCAAGUUGUCAGUUUGGGGUACGAUCACGAAGGAAAACACAUUCAAACUCAAGUUUUCAGUUUGGGGUACGAUCACGAAGGAAAACAAUAUUUAUUUUGCGGAGAGAAAACAGCAUUAUCGGUCGGUGCAUAACAUUUCCACUUUCAUGUCUUUUGUGGUGGUCGUGGUUUGGCUACGUAGACAUUGAUCGAAUGACGUCACCGUGAAUUGAGAGGAAAGAAAUUAUUCCCAGUAAAAGUAUACAUUUUAUUUUAAUAACUAUUUUAUUGGUUAUGUUUUAAUGAACCCUACUUAACAUACUGGAAUCGAGUUUAGAAACAACAAACAGGAUCUUUGAACCGACCCAAAGUGGUAAAAGUAGGCGGCGACCACGGGCAAGCUACUCUGUGUUACAAAAAUUUGAACGUACCCCAUAAUAUAAUCGGUGACUUAUUUAAUGUCAUGUCAUUGGUGACGUAUAUAAUGUCAUGUCACUGAUGACAUAUUUAAUAUCAUGUCAUUGGUGACAUAUUUAAUGUCAUAUUUCAUGUUAUGUUAUUGAUGACAUAUUUAAUGACGUGUCAUUGAUGACACAUUCAAUGUCAUUUAAUUGGUGACGCAUUUAAUAGCAUGAUUUACUUUGUAUCUCAAUCUGUAAGACACCAAUUGGACAAGAGAACUAUUUAAAACUCACCACUUCUCAUAGUAUGUUGUUUGAGCCGCCGAUCCUUCAUACAUCCCUUCGCAGCUCCAUGGCAUGUUGUAGUAGCUUGAUUAUCCCAAGACUUCAUUUGUCAAACUACUUUAAGCUAUGUAGUGUCGAUGUUGUUUUUUCCCCUUAAAUCAACAUAUUAAGACAUAUACAAAGAUCGAUACAUGUAUUAAUUCAUUUUUUUUUUAUAUUCGAAAGGAAUCUUUUGUAACAAGUUGUUAGAAAACUUUUUCUUGUAAAUUUUUAGAGACUUAAUUGAUAUCAGAAUUAGCGACCUUUAAAGAAUUCAAAACUCAUUAUAAAAUGUAAAGAUUUUGUCAACGUGCGGCCAUUCCGAGUUUAGCUUACCAGGCACAGUUUCCGAGGAACAUAAAAGGAUGCAUAUGUUUUGAAUACAAAAUGGAUUUGCCUACUGUCAAAUAAUUUUGAUAAAAUCCCUUUUAUCUUGUCAGACUUUGGAAGAAUUCUCCAGAAGUAUGAAAGGUUACAUUAACCUGGACGUCCAAGAGCAACCGUCACCAGUGGUCAGUGGCAUGUACAAGGGAAUAUUGCCGGACAGCGUGGACUGGAGAACAAAGGGCGCCGUGACGGGGGUCAAAGAUCAAGGUCAAUGCGGAUCUUGCUGGGCUUUCUCCACCAUUGGAUCAGUUGAAGGUCAACAUUUCAAGGCCACCGGAAGUCUCGUUUCACUUUCAGAAUCAAAUCUUGUUGACUGUUCGACGGGUAAGCUGAAAAUAAAUUCCAUACAAUCUUAGAGGUGGUAACGUUAAAUAUACUAAUUGGCAUUGAUUAGCCUUACUAUUGGCAGUGUACAAAAUAAAGUAGCUGGUGCCCUGAUGGUGGGUGGGGGGUGUGGACCGCACCAGUGACACCCUCCCAGAGGAGUGACACCAAAUGAACAAAUUUAACGUUUGAAAAUAAUUCGCUCAAGUCAGCCUCACAAAAGAUCCUGAAUUAAAAGACAGAGCCCCCAGAACAGGUUGCCACAGUCUUAGAAGAUGUCACAAGAAUAGGCUGUCACCCGAGCAGUGUGCCGCCAGUGGACGUCCAGAUAAGGCAGACUCUGAUGUGUGCUGCCUUGUCAUUAGUGGUAGUGCUUACAUGAAACACUUUCAAAUUACACUUUAAAUAAAAAUGUUUCCUUAUUGUAUACAUAAAUGUAUGACAUUUGAAUGACAUGUCAUGACAGAAGUGACACUUUCCCUUUUUUUCACAGCUAAUAUGGGAUGUAACGGUGGCUGGGUGGAGAAGGCAUUGCAAUAUAUAAUCAAUAACAGGGGAAUCGAUACUGAGUCAUCUUACCCUUACAGAGCCCAGGUAUAUUCUACUUACCUUACUUGCCUGAGUUAUAUACUUCUUAACUUAAUUUCACCAGGUAUAUUCAACUUACCUUACUUGCCUCAAGUAUAUUAUAUUUACCUCACGUGCCCCAGGUAAAUUCUACUUAUCUUAAAGUCCCCAGGUGUAGUGUAUAGUCUUGAAGCCUUACAAGGUAUCUUGAAAUUAGACUUUAAAAAGAGACUUUAAUGAAAUUAGUCUUUAAAAAGAGACUUUAAUGGAAUUAGACCUUAAAAAUAGACUUUAAUGAAAUUAAACUUGAAUGAUCUCGAGUCAUAAAUACAAAUCUUUAGGAUCAACAAGACGCUAGAAACGUUUUCCUGUCUCAAAAAUUGUAAAAAUCCGCAAACAACAAUGAAAAAAAUUGUAAUCAUAUUUAAAAGAUUUGUAAAAGGUAAGCCGUCUGCCUCUAGGUUUAUGGCACAGCGCCUUCACCCAUUUUUUACUCAUUUUCUUGAUGUUCAUGCUACAUGAACACGUUUCAACAUCAGAGACGACGGGAGCAAGAUUUAUGAACUACAAUAAAAUACAUAAUAUAAUAAAUGUGUUUUUUUUUGUUGUUUUUUUCCCUACAGCAAAGCAGUUGCCGAUUUUCGUCCAGCAAUGUCGGUGCCAAGAUCAGUUCAUACACCAAAGUGAUUCGUGGAAGCGAGGAUGACCUACAGAAAGCUGUGGCCUUGGUAACCAAAUGAAACUUCUCAACACUGUUUUAGUAUUAUAAGAUGUGUUUGCACUGAAUUUAACCCCCUUCCUACAGAGUUACUUUACAAACACGCGCGAUUUUGUGUGAUUAUUUCAAAGAAAUGCCGUAGUGUCGUGUGUUUAAAUGAAUUGUCCAUAUCUCGUGUGUAUCUGAUGAAAUGUCCAAGCCUCGUGUGUAUCCAAAGAAAUGCCGUAGUAUCGUGUGUUUUAAUGAAUUGUCCAUAUCUCGUGUUUAUCUAAAGAAAUGACCAAGUCUCGUGUGUAUCUAAAGAAAUGGCCAAAUCUCAUAUGUAUCUGAUGAAAUGUCCAAGUCUCAAGUGUAUCUUAAUAAAUGUCCAAGUCACAUGUGUCUCUAAAGAAAUGUCCAAGACUCGUGUGUGUCAAAUGAAAUGUCCAUAUCCCAUGUCAAUUUAAUGAAAUGUCCAAGUCUCGUACUCGUGUGUGUAUCAAGGCGUAUAUCCGUGUUUGGUAGUGCUAAAUCUAUGUCAAUGUAUAAACUUGGAGUAUACGCCAUCGCUCUGGUCCACAGGUUGGUCCAGUGAGUGUUGCCAUCGACGCUAACCAAAGAAGCUUCCAGCUCUAUAAGGGCGGCGUGUACAACGAACCUGCUUGCACCACGUCCCAGUUGGACCACGCUGUCUUGGUGGUGGGCUAUGGGACAAGCGGAAAUCAAGAUUACUGGACCGUGAAAAACAGGUGGGGCUGUUUAAUGAUCAAAGUAACACUUCAGCCAUGUUUUCGCAACCCGGGGGUGCUCGCACCCGUAGGGGUGCUAGUUUGAUAUUUCAUGGGCUGUGAGAAAAGAUUUCUAAUGAUUUUAAGAUUAGAGGUGCCCGUCAUUUUUUAAGCAACAUCAUACAUGUCAAUAUAACUUUUAAUGUCUCCAUUAAUAUUUAAAUGGGAAAUAAGUCGAUUUUUUAAAAAAAAUUCUUUAUAUGAACUUUGCUUUUAUUUGUGUAUGUGGCAAAAUCUUCGGACGCCUGGAUGACCCACUUCCCGUAAUCUUAUCGAACUGAAACUUGGCACAUAGACUCAUUGUUGAUGACAAUUUUCCCAAAACACAGUUUUCCCUGUUUUUUUUUUAUUUUAAAGGGGAAGAUGAAUUUAAUACGAAUCGUUAAAUGGUUGCGUGUUUUGGUGUUGAGAUUAAUUGUGCUUUGUAAUUGUGACAUAUUUGGGUUUAAAGAUCUCUUUAGUCUAUUAGGUUUUACACGCACUUUGUUUAAUAAAAAAAAAAACAUUCCCGUACCAAAAAUAAGUUGAUACAAUCACAUAAAUGAUAAAUCACGUUACAAUGACAUAAAUGAUAAAUCACGUUACAAUGACAUAAAUGAUAAAUCACGUUACAAUUACAUAAAUGAUAAAUCACGUUACAAUGACAUAAAUGAUAAAUCACGUUACAAUUACAUAAAUGAUAAAUCACGUACAAUGACAUAAAUGAUAAAUCACGUUACAAUGACAUAAAUGAUAAAUCACGUAACAAUUACAUAAAUGAUAAAUCACGUUACAAUUACAUAAAUGAUAAAUCACGUUACGAUCACAUAAAUGAUAAAUCACGUUACAAUUACAUAAAUGAUAAAUCACGUUACAAUCACAUAAAUGAUAAAUCACGUUACGAUCACAUAAAUGAUAAAUCACGUUACAAUCACAUAAAUGAUAAAUCACGUUACAAUCACAUAAAUGAUAAAUCACGUUACAAUCACAUAAAUGAUAAAUCACGUUACAAUCACAUAAAUGAUAAAUCACGUUACAAUCACAUAAAUGAUAAAUCACGUUACAAUGACAUAAAUGAUAAAUCACGUUACAAUUACAUAAAUGAUAAAUCACGUUACAAUUACAUAAAUGACAAUUACAUUAAUGAUAAAUCACGUUACAAUCACAUAAAUGAUAAAUCACGUUACAAUUACAUAAAUGAUAAAUCACGUUACAAUUACAUAAAUGACAAUUACAUAAAUGAUAAAUCACGUUACAAUCACAUAAAUGAUAAAUCACGUUACAAUUACAUAAAUGAUAAAUCACGUUACAAUUACAUAAAUGAAAAUUACAUAAAUGAUAAAUCACGUUACAAUCACAUAAAUAAUAAAUCACGUUACAGUCACAUAAAUGAUAAAUCACGUUACAAUCACAUAAAUGACAAUUACAUAAAUGAUAAAUCACGUUACAAUCACAUAAAUGAUAAAUCACGUUACAAUCACAUAAAUGACAAUUGCAUAAGUGAUAAAUCACGUUACAAUCACAUAAAUGAUAAAUCACGUUACAAUUACAUAAAUGACAAUCACAUAAAUGAUAAAUCACGUUACAAUCACAUAAAUGAUAAAUCACGUUUCAAUUACAUAAAUGCAAACAAAAAUGCAUCUAAAGGACAGAGAUAGGAACAACUUAUUUUUAAGGGUUCUUUAAUUUUUAAUGAUACCGUUUGGUUUUUGUCUUUGAAAUUCAAUUGAAAAAAUUAAUGAUUUUUUUUUUCAAUUUUGAAAUGAGAUGUUACUUUUUAGGGGGCGGGUGCUGGCAUCUGUGUAGGGCUUCUGCCCCUAUUUGGCAGUGCCCUUGCAUUCAAAAAAUGAUCGGCCAAUUGUUUCCACAUCACACCUGUAGGCACCUUAUAUAUGACUGUAUCAACGGCUCUGGGGGCAAGGCUUGGUCCAUUAAUUUGCAGGUGGCGUGAUGCUCAGUCACUGGGUAUGCGGAUAUGAUCAUCAGUCCUUUCGUUGGGCACCUGGGAUGUGCUUGAUGGUCAGUUCAAAUGGAGGGUGAUAGUAUGUUCUUAGGGGAUGCGAUACUCACUCAGUUCGUGGGGGGCAUGUGAUAGUCAAUCAGUUCGUAUGAGACGUGAUAGUUGAUAGUCAAUUCGCGUGGCAUGCAAUGGUUCUUUUGUAUGGGUAGGGACUAUAUGUAGCAAAACGAUUUAAAACUUUAAUUUAGAACCGGUAACAAUUAAGUAAAUUGAUAUUUAUACACUAAAAACUUUUAUAUUUAUUUUUAUGUUGAUAUAACUAAAUUUAAACUAUAUUUAUCUACCAGACCAAAAUAUGAGACGAAAACAAGGUACAAAAAUAUGAGACCAAAACAUGAGACCAAACAAGAGACUAAAAUAUGAGACCAAAACAAGAGACCAAAACAUGAGACCAAAACUAGAGACCAAAACAGAGGGCCAAAACAAGAUCCCAAAACAGGGGACCAAAACAAGAGACCAAAACAAGAGACCAAAACAGGGGACCAAAACAAUAGACCAAAACAAGAGACCAAAACAAGAGUCCAAAACAAGAGACCAAAACAGGGGACCAAAACAAGAGACCAAAACAGGGGACCAAAACAAGAGACCAAAACAAGAGACCAAAACAAGAGACCAAAACAGGGGACCAAAACAAUAGACCAAAACAAGAGACUUUCAAAUAUUUCGUUUUCUAAAGGUUUAGUGAUGCUGGCGACUAUUUCGAUGGCAAAUAUUUGAUAUCUUAUCUUCCGAUGGCAUGUAUUCCUUGGUUAUAACUCGGACUAGUGUGAAUCAAAACACUAAAAGGUUCAGGAUAUAUUAGUCUAUGCCUUUAUUUCUUAUAAAAAAAACAUUCACUUGCUAAACACAACGAAAUUGCCACCUAAACAUCCAGCAGCAAAUAUCACCCGAAGUCUGUGUCUGACCAAAACAACUAUAUGACUCUAGACCCCUAGUUUACUCUGACGCUCAUAAAUGUUGUCCCCCUUUAUCAUCCCAAAAUUCCACGCAGUCGUACUUGAUGACAAGAGUUCACAUUCGUUCACAUAACCCAAUUGUCACAAAUCACCAAACACACACACCUCUGAUUUCAUGACCUUGACAGAGACCAAAACAAGAGACAAAAACAAGAGAACAAAACAAGAGACCAAAAUAAGAGACCAAAACAUGAGUCCAAAACGAGCCUCAUCUUAAGACUGUGUCCUUGUAUUGAAAACUUUACAGAACAUCAAAAAAAUUUUUGAUAUGUGGGACAUGGUUACGUAGUAUGUGGUCCAGAACGUGCUAUAAAACUGUGUAGUCCAGAAUGCGCUAUGAACGAUCUCAUUUCGCUAACCCCACCUUGAGCUGGUAUAUAGUACAUACGCUAAACAUUUUUUUUUAAAAGUAAGAUAAGGAGUGUACUUCCAUCCUAAUAAAUUACCAUUGUCUUUCAUCCACAGCUGGGGAACUACCUGGGGCCAGAGUGGCUACAUCUUUAUGUCAAGAAACAAAAAGAACCAGUGUGGUAUUGCUACAGCUGCCAUGUAUCCGAUUGUUUAAAACAAUAUAAGGGAAUAAUGUUACAAUUGUUUGCACGUGGUCUUGUUUUCACAUUACAAUUUGUAUGUAUUCAUUAAUUUUAAUAUGUAUCAAAACUGUUCUAAAACUCCCAUUCUUUAAUAGUUUAUUCAACAUACACGGAAUUUGCGAGAGAGAGAGAGAGAUAGAGAGAGAGAGAAAGAGAAGGUUAAGCGGAGAGAGGGGGAGACAGGGACACGCAGAGAGAGAGAGAGAGAGAGAGAGAGAGACAGACAGACAGAGACAGAGAGAGAGACAAAGAGAGAGAGAGAGAGAUUUGUCUUGUUGACGCCAAUAAUUAGUUGGACAUGAAAUUAGGUUGAGUUCAUAAAUUAAAUUUAACCAAAUAAAGUUCAUUUCCUUGUUAACAGUGUUUGUUUUGUUGUUAUAAAGCCUACUGAAUC